UAUCUUUAUCCACAUGACCGGGAAUGACCUUUGUGUGUAUUUUUGUUACAAAGUAAACCGGCGUAAUCCUGUACGGAAAUGGCAAAUAAGUUUGAGGCGAUUAGGUUUAUUUUUAGAAAACUGGACGAAUGCACACAGGAAAAAUGGACGCUUGGAGCCUACGUGCGUGGAGCACUCGCAAUGUACGCUGUGUACGUGAAAACCCGUGUCCUGAUAUGACCCUUUUUGAUGACGACGUAGGUAUUGGUCAUGAAGUGGUUUUGCGAUUGGCUGACGGCCAUAACACGUGCCUACGGCUGGCGCGACUUUAUAAAGGGCAUUUGCGUGCGGUGAUACGGGGAGGUGUCACAUGCCAAUCACAACCAAAGGAGACGCCCCUCCAGAAACAGACUGGAUGUUUCCAGAAGUGGUCGGUUUCGUAACAUUACACGCACAUUCAGAUCGUGCAUAACCUGGUUAGAGUCGGCAGAAGGUACAGCGCAAAAUGGCUCUGCCUUUGGUCACCGUAAGACUUGUGAAAUUUCUGGCUAUAUACCUGGCGCUCAGCACAGCUUUCGUCGUCGCCAAGAUCACGUUGGCUUUCCUGGACAUUUUUUCGCCAGACGCGAAGGACCGACUUUUUCAGCGCGUUCUGGCAAAUGCCAAAUCGAUGUGUCCGAAGGGGGACACAUUUCAGAUCGAAGAAUUUCUGACGUUGAAGUCUUACAAGGCUCUGUUGUAUUCCCAAGCUGUCGGGAUCUUCAAGGUGGUACGGAAGGGUCGACCUGCGGAGGACUCCGCUCUGGUUCAGCUGGACGGACAGACCGAGACCACGCUGCUAAGCUACACCUCCGGGACCCGACCGUUGGUGGUCUGCUUCGGGAGCUACACCUGCCCGCCGUUCCGCGACGCCCUCUCGGACUUUGCCGUGCUGGCACAAGACUAUCAGAAUGUUGCCAACUUCCUCCUUGUGUACAUAGAAGAAGCCCACCCGUCGGACGGCUGGCGCUUCAACAGUGGCCCGCAGAUUCAGCAACACCGGACGGUGGAACAGCGCUGCGACGCCGCCAGGGCCAUGCUUCGCGACCGGGGUGUCCAGUUCGACGUCGCCGUGGACACGAUGGGCAACGCCGCCAACCACACGUACGGAGCCUUCCCGGAUAGGCUCUACGUCAUACAGAACGGCGUGGUUGCACAUGAAGGAGGGAAGGGCCCCUUUCUCUUCAAUCCCACCGAGGUUCGUGAAUGGCUGAACGAACAUUUGAACGGACUGGACAAAAACAAUAACACCAACGACCGGAAGUGAGUCAAUCCGAGACAAAAUGUUGUCUGUUUUAUUAACGUUACCGUAAACUGAACCGACCGUUACUAUAGACGUGUUCCUUUUCUCGUGUACACAAGUGAAAGUGAGUGUGAUUGCCAAACUCUCUCCUAACCUAUAUGUAGCUUUGUUGACUCGAGUUCAAUGUACAGUCUACUACUACCAUUCAGGAUGGUCCGACGGUACCGAACUUAUGUUAGAAAAGUGACACUCGUCAGCUCCAUCUAUGAUCAAUUCAUUGCAUAGAAAUGACAUGUAAAUAUCCAUUUUAAAACUGUAAAUGUUAUGAGGUGCAUGUAUCAUACUGUUGAUGUACAGAUUAAUAUCACACUCGUAUUUGCAAUUCCAAGCACCCUGCGAAAUAUGAGAGGCAAUCAUAUAAUAAAUUCUCCGGGCAUUUUGUCCCGGUAGUGUCAUAA